AACACAGACACCACACUCAACACCGUUACCCAUACACGCCGACGACACCAGAAAGACAACAUGGAAAACAAACAACCAAGAAUACCGGCCCUGAUGACACUACGACUGACGAGACCGACGACAAUAACAACAAACACAGAGAGAACACCACUACUACAAACACCAGGACAGGCCCCACACCCACACAGAUACGGACGCGACGGCACACACCAGACAGAGACCCGACGAACUCUACUACCGACACCCACUACACACACACAGGUAACAAAGACCGCCACGACAGCAACACACACAACAACCAUUGCACCCACAACCACCCAGAGACACUCACAAACACACACACCAAUGACCACACACACAGCUACACUCUCCGGACCAAGGCAAUGCCCAAAAUGCAACGGGCUGGUCCGGGGCACAAAAUUCCCACAACACAUACAGACCUGCACACAAACUAACACAGACACACAACACCCAUCACAAAUUGUCACACACCCACCAACAGUCACCCAAACCACACGAACCACAACCACGCACACGACGACACACCCACCCACCAACAAAGAAACACCCCACACAACCACACACCCCACAUCGACACCAACACCACGACACACACUACCCCCCGCAUCACCCCCUUUAUGGACACGCACCAGACUCACGAGACCACAGACAACAGAAGACAGAAUCCUACAAACAUCUGCCAACAUGGACACACGCACAGAACCAACGCAGACAAGUCAGACAGACAAAAAACACAUAGGACCACCCCCAGAAAUAAUAGCAAUAAUUGCAAACUUACAAGCGACGAGCACCCUGGACGACCAACUACGGGCAGAAGGAGACAGAUACAUGACCAGACGGGCACACCAACGUACAAACACAGACGAGACAGAAGCCAGCACCUCAACACAUUAA